CCGGGGCAGAUUGUAUGUCGUUGCAGCAGCUGUAACAAGGGGAGGCCAUUUUCUGUUUCUAGGAAGAGUGAGGGCUAGCGGAGAGGGAAAAAGAAAGGGAAGAAAGGGCUCAGCGCCUCCCCGCCGAGCCGUGGACAGAGGGGCACUUUCGGCAGGCGGGUGAGGUCGCUGAGGGCCCAGAGGAGAUGUUUUCCCUCUCGAGUACGGUGCAGCCCCAGGUUACAGUUCCUCUGAGUCAUCUCAUCAAUGCCUUCCAUUCACCAAAAAACACACCUAUUUCUGUCAGUGCAUCAGCUUCACAAAACCAGCAUCGAGAUGUAGUUCCUGAGCAUGAGUCUCCUGGCAAUGAGCCUGUACUUAAUUUAAGAGACCUUGGAUUAUCUGAAUUAAAAAUUGGACAGAUUGAUCAACUGGUAGACAAUCUACUUCCCGGAUUUUGUAAAGGCAAGAGCGUUUCUUCCCAUUGGCAUACAUCUCAUGUCUCUGCACAGUCCUUCUUUGAAAAUAAAUAUGGUUACUUAGAUAUGUUUAGUACUUUACGUUCCUCUUGCCUGUAUAGACAACAUUCAAGAACUCUUAAAAGUAUUUGUUCAGAUCUUCAGUACUGGCCAGUUUUCAUACAGUCUCGGGGUUUUAAAACUUUAAAAUCAAGAACACGGCGUCUACAGUCCACCUCUGAAAGAUUGGCAGAAACACAGCAUAUAGCGCCAUCAUUUGUAAAGGGGUUCCUUUUGCGGGACAGAGGAUCAGAUGUUGAGAGUUUGGACAAACUCAUGAAGACCAAAAAUAUACCCGAAGCUCACCAAGAUGCGUUUAAAACUGGUUUUGCAGAGGGUUUUCUGAAAGCGCAAGCACUAACACAAAAAACCAAUGAUUCUCUAAGACGAACUCGUCUGAUUCUCUUCGUUCUGUUGCUGUUUGGCAUUUAUGGACUCUUAAAAAACCCAUUUUUAUCUGUCCGCUUCCGGACAACAACAGGGCUUGAUUCUGCAGUAGAUCCUGUCCAGAUGAAAAAUGUCACCUUUGAACACGUUAAAGGAGUGGAAGAAGCUAAACAAGAAUUACAGGAGGUUGUUGAAUUCUUGAAAAAUCCACAAAAAUUUACUGUGCUUGGAGGUAAACUUCCAAAAGGAAUUCUUUUAGUUGGACCCCCAGGGACAGGAAAGACACUUCUUGCUCGAGCUGUGGCUGGAGAAGCUGAUGUUCCUUUUUAUUAUGCUUCUGGAUCAGAAUUUGAUGAGAUGUUUGUGGGUGUGGGAGCCAGCCGUAUAAGAAAUCUAUUUAGGGAAGCAAAAGCAAAUGCUCCCUGUGUUAUAUUUAUUGAUGAAUUAGAUUCUGUUGGUGGGAAGCGAAUCGAGUCGCCAAUGCAUCCAUAUUCAAGGCAGACUAUAAAUCAACUUCUUGCUGAAAUGGAUGGUUUUAAGCCCAAUGAAGGAGUUAUCAUCAUAGGAGCCACAAAUUUCCCAGAGGCAUUAGAUAAUGCCUUAAUACGUCCUGGUCGUUUUGACAUGCAAGUUACAGUUCCAAGACCAGAUGUAAAAGGUCGAACAGAAAUUUUGAAAUGGUAUCUCAAUAAAAUAAAGUUUGAUCAGUCUGUUGAUCCAGAAAUCAUAGCUCGAGGUACUGUUGGCUUUUCUGGAGCAGAGUUGGAGAAUCUUGUGAACCAGGCUGCAUUAAAAGCAGCUGUUGAUGGAAAAGAAAUGGUUACCAUGAAGGAGCUAGAGUUUUCCAAAGAUAAAAUUCUAAUGGGGCCUGAACGUAGGAGUGUGGAAAUUGAUAACAAAAACAAAACCAUCACAGCAUAUCAUGAAUCUGGUCAUGCUAUUAUUGCAUAUUACACUAAAGAUGCAAUGCCAAUAAACAAAGCUACAAUCAUGCCACGAGGCCCAACGCUUGGACACGUGUCCCUGUUGCCUGAGAAUGACAGAUGGAAUGAAACUAGAGCCCAGCUGCUUGCACAGAUGGAUGUUAGUAUGGGUGGAAGAGUGGCUGAGGAGCUGAUAUUUGGAACUGACCAUAUUACAACAGGUGCUUCCAGUGAUUUUGACAAUGCAACUAAAAUAGCAAAGCGGAUGGUUACCAAAUUUGGAAUGAGUGAAAAGCUUGGAGUUAUGACCUACAGUGAUACAGGGAAACUGAGUCCAGAAACUCAAUCUGCUAUUGAACAAGAAAUUAGAAUCCUUCUGAGGGACUCAUACGAACGAGCAAAACACAUCUUGAAGACUCAUGCAAAAGAGCAUAAGAAUCUAGCAGAAGCUUUACUAACCUAUGAGACCCUGGAUGCCAAAGAAAUUCAAAUUGUUCUUGAGGGAAAGAAAUUGGAAGUGAGAUGAUAACUCUUAAAAUGGAUGCAUUGCUGGUUUUACUGCAAGAAUAUAUAAGUAGCAUUUCAGUAGUCUCCUUUUGCAAUGCUUUUCUCCCAUUCUUGACUUAGUAUCAUCACUUAAGGGUCUGAAACUCUAUGUUAGUCUUUUGUCACAUUUAAUCUAAUUUUGGUUAUUCUCAUGAUGACACCUAUUGCAAAUUAUCAGCCCAUAGCAAAUAUGUUAAAGAAAAUAAAGAACUAUUAGGAUUGAAAACAGCUGGUUUGAGCAAUGUCAAUCAGUUAUUAAUUUGAAAAUAAGUAAUGAUUUUAUGGGUGGUUCCUUUACCAGAUGUGAAUUAAAAUUGUGCCUUGGGCUCUUGGGAAGUAUUUUGUACUUGGCAGAGUAAAAUUGUUCAAGGAUUGUCUUUGUGUUUAGCUGGUCCCACUUACCUUUGAUAAAGAAAUGAUACCAUUUGGCUGUUGGUGAACCAUAUUUCUAUAUAGGUCAGUGGAAACUUCAUUAGGAAGCACUUAAUUAUGCUCCAGAUUGUCCAUAUAGAAAAUAGUUCUGUUUUUGUUUUUGUCUGUCAAAGAGUAGAGAAUUGUAAACAUCUAGCUAUCAUCAGAAUUUAAAUGAUUAUAAUCUUUUAGAAAUGCAGCUUGCAUUUUCAUUGUCUUUUUUUUUAACAUCAUUAUCACUCAUACUAAUGAAAUUUAUUUCAAAGCAGCAAGUAUCUUGUUAAAUAAAAAGUAACUCACUUCAAAUUCUGAAUAACUAUAUAAUUGUGCUUGGUAUUGAAAGAAAAAUUAACCCCAAAUCUCAGUACCUUCUAAGUGAACUUUGGAUUACCCUGUGUUAGAAAUGGAAAGUUGUGUUUGCUUUUCAUUCAGAUUUUGUGAAUAUGAACAUGUUGUUACAGGAUUUACAGAUGACUUUAUUUAACUCAAUAGAAAAAUUAUUUUAGAGCUCAUUGUAUUGGUUUUACAACCAAAUUAUAUUCUUGAAGUGAUUUUAUUAAAAUUAUCUACAGUUUUCUAAUAA